UUGGAUGCGAGCCACUGCUGCAAUCCAUGACCUCGCGACACAUUUACUCUGCUGAAAUUCCCGCGGUCAAAGGGCUUGGAGCGCAGUUUUCGCAGGUCGGUCGUAUACUUAUCCUGCUGAGCACGAGCAGGAUGAACGCCCUUUUCAACUCAGCACUGAAGCAGUCGACCGCCGUACGCCGCGAUCUCGAAACCUUUGCAGAUGCCCCGGCUGCUGCGUCACCCGCUCUACAAGGUCAAAUCUCGACCACCCUGACGAGUUUCUCGAGAACACUAGAAGACUACCAAAACCUGUCACGGAACGAGCCAAAUGAAGAGAAGAAAGAGAAGGCUGUCGAGAGACUGAAGAACUUCCGAGCAGAUCUGGCUUCCUACCGCACACAGUUUGAUCAAUUGAAAAGGGAGCGGGAGGCUUCAGUCUCGGCAAACAAUAGAAGCGAGCUUUUGGGACGCCGGCCUCACCACGCUGCAACCCCUGAGAACCCGUAUGCACACGCGUCGAGCCAAAGCGCAUUCGCGCCAGCACAUCGCAAUGCACAAGAGGGUCUAUCCUUCGGUGGCGGUCCGGAAACCUUCACGCGCGAGGACCACGCACUCCGGGAGCAGAACUUCUUCAGCACUGCCAAUGCCCAAUUGGACGAAUUCCUCGACCGAGGCCGAGCCGUUUUGGGAGAUUUGGGCCAACAACGCGAAAUCCUGAAGGGCACGCAAAAGAGGCUGUACAGCGUUGCAAACACUCUUGGUGUGAGCGGCGACACCAUCCGAAUGGUCGAAAGGAGAGCCAAGCAAGACAAAUGGAUCUUCUGGGCCGGUGUCGUGGUCUUUUUCCUCUUCUGCUGGUUGGUGAUACACUUCCUCAGAUGAGAAAUUUACCAAUCUACGCGGCACAACCGCUGCGGUUUGCUCAGAUGAUCGUCUGUUGCCCGUCGACUUCAGUUGGCAUGAUCCGCUCAGUCUGUGUC